UGUGGAUGUUCACUGAGGAAAAAGGCGCGCGGAUGAGGCUGAUGCGAUGGAAGCUAGCGGCGCGCAAGACGACUGCAGUGCCUUCCCAUGAGGAACUGCCCAAGAUAUCCGUUCAGGCGGCACGGUUGCUGAUGGACCUCGUUGGGUACUUGGACAAGCUGUAUUGGCACGAAGAAUGCUUGUACGACACAAAGGGGACCAUGUCACCCAAAGUCGAAGAGCUAUUCAUGGCAUUCCAACAACUCACAACGUCGACGGCUACGUUCACUAACUUAGCCAUGUACCCUCCCCAUGUCAUUGCAACUACGAUCAAGAAGAUAUUGCAACGAUACCAACCUUUACUGACUUACACACGGUCCCAUGCCCUCAUGAUCGAAGCCAAACUUACUCCGGACUCGAUUGCAGCCCACUUGAGCAAGAUCCGUGGCACCAAUCGCGAUGUCUUGCGUGUAUUGCUCUGUCAUUGGAAGCGCAUUUCCGAGCACAAGCACAUGAAGGGAGAUGCGUCUCGACUGGCCCAAAGCGUGGGCGUGUUGACCGUGCGACCUACAGAAGAUCUGCAAACACUAGGCCAGCGAGCUGUCCUGAAAGCGAGGAUACGGAUCGCACGAGAGCUCAUUCGCGGCGCCAAGUCGUGGCCGUACGGGGCCGCGGCGAUACCGAAUGUCCCCACGAAGAUUUCAUCCGCUGACUGGACGUCGGAAGGUUUCAACUACGCCAUAAAACUGGUGUGGUAUCCCGAGGAUGGUGUGACGUAUGACGAAGAUCGCCUUCGGGCGCAAUUGACACCCCACUGCGCGAUCCACUCUAUUGCGAUGCACCCAACAAAGCCAAAAGCUCGCGUCGCGGUGCAUCUCAAGAAAGCCAAAGCGCUCGAUAAAAUUGUGGUGAAGUUGCAGUCCAAAGCACAAUUGCACGUUGUUCAUGUCCAAAUCCUGGCCAACAUGCCAGUGGGCGAUGGCGUUCCGGUAGCAGAUAAUGUUGUGUCGCCGCCCGAUCGCGUCGACGUCGUGGAGCCUGUGGAUAUCCCACCAGUGGAGGAGAUCUCAGAGAAACCUGGACAUAUUCCGAUUGUUGAGCCCAUUCCAGCGACCACGCUGCUUCGUGCCGACCGCUUCAAGGACCAAGCAUCGAUGGAAGCCGAGGAUGUUCUAUGCAUGCAACUAUUUCCAGAAGCAGCACCGGUCGUCAUGGCAGCGUCGUUUUCAACCCAAACCAACCACGUUGUGUGCGUCGACGCGAUCAUGCAGACGGAUGGAAUGGCCGACACAGAGCAGCACAACGAAGUGUCUGCCCAAACGGAACCUCUUGAUCACAGCGACGUCGUCAUCGACAUGGUGCCUCGCGUUCGCCGGGUCAUCGAGGUCCUGGAAACGACGACUGCAUCCGUGGCCGACUGCUCAACCAACGAAACGAUUCGUGCAAUGCAUCAAGCGCAAGUUCAAGUCCUGCACAUGCUGGAGUCCAUUGUGAAGAACGCCACUCCCGUGGCAAAGACGUCCUCGGCGACAUUUAAUCGUGAUGACACGGAGCUGUUGGAAUACCGGCACGCGCUGGACGCCCAUUUGAAGUCCAAGGCAACGGUGCUCGAAGCCGAGGUUCUGGCCGCGCAGGAACUGCUACGUAUGCACAAAGCGCAAACUACCCAACAAAUGGAAAGUUGGCAAGUGGAGGCAGUAACUCUUCGCAUGGUGGCACUCGAGGCCGAGAGGCAAUCCAUGGAACUGCGCGAGGAGCUGCGAUCCACGCGCAGCGAGUUGGCAUGCCAAUUGGCAAUGUUGUCACAUCUCAAGCGGGACAAUGCGGCGCUGCAGGAGAAGCUUCUGCUGGUCGAGACCAAAGCAGAAUGCCUUGAACGAGAUACCACAGACCAGAAAGCACAACUAGUGCAUUUGCAAGAUGUGGCGGCCAAGGCGCAAUUGCGUGUCGAAGCAUACAAGGCGAUAGCACCAAGUUUCGAUCAGGCAGACAAAAUGGCGCGGAAUGAAGCGACCUCUCAACCAGACGCAACACCGAAGCCAUCGUCCGUCGACGUGUUGAUUCAACUGAAGGAAGAAAUGAGCCAGCGGCUACAAACUCAAAUCGACUACACCAAAGCCACGAUUGACGCCAUGGACAAGCAAGAUCCAACAAGCGUUCACUUGAUCGACCAGCAGCGCCAACUCUCGACGCUCGUGACAGGGCUUGUGAACGGCGACAAGACUGGAUCGACGGCUUCCCAACAAGCGAUGGAGAUAUCCCGCGAGAAAUUGAACCAUCUAUCGGACGCCAUGUCGUUUCCCCGGGCACACCGAGCAGCUUUCGACUCGCACCAACGGCACGUUGCACGUCCGCCACUGUCUACAACGACACGACAGUGGAUAUCGCAAAUCUACGCUCAAGCGGCCCCUCCAAGAAUGUCCAAGGCAAACCCAGACUCAUUGAACGCGGCGCGACUGUCGCUGCAAAAUUUUCACCAUGUCGUGGGCUACACAUCCAUCCCGAACGCAUAACAAGAAUCGAUGGCAGAGCUCCAUCUUCUAGGCGCCAUGCCUACAGAGGCUGUAAUUGAAUGUCAGUUGCACUGACGCUCUCA